AUGGAACAGCCAGAGGGGUAUGAUGUAAAAUCUCAGACAAAUGAGAAAAUGGUGUGUAAACUGGAGAAAUCAUUGUAUGGGCUAAAGCAAUCAGGUCGAAACUGGAACAAAAUGUUACAUGACUAUCUGUGUGAAAACAUCUUUGUACAAAACCCAUCUGAUCAUUGUGUUUACAAGAGAGAAACAGAACAUGAGAAAGUGAUAAUAUUGAUAUGGGUUGAUGACUUGGUCAUUGCUGCCAGUGAUGAGAGAGCUUUAAAAACUGUCAAAGAGAUACUUAUUGGGAAAUUCCAGAUGAAAGAUUUGGGAAGACUGAAGAAUUUUCUAGGUAUCACUUUUGAUCAGUAUGAUGGGGGUGUGACUAUGUCACAGCAGAGUUAUGUUGGCAAACUGCUGGAAAGGUUUGACAUGCAAGAUUGUAAACCCAGGUCGACACCUUGUGAACCAAAGUUGAAUUACACCGAUGGUGAUGAAAAGCUGAGUGACCCCAGGAAAUACAGAGAGGCAGUGGGUAGCCUAAUCUACCUAACCUCAUGCACUAGACCCGAUCUGAGUUAUGUUGUUAGCAAAUUGUCUCAAUAUUUCAGUGAGCCAACAGAAGAGCAGUGGAUAACUGUAAAGCAUGUACUGAAAUAUCUGAAAGGUACAAAUGACAAGAUGCUCUGUUACAGGAAAUGUGAUGAAGGGUUAAGGUUGGUGACUUACAGUGAUGCAGAUUGGGCAGGUGAUGCAAAUGACCGAUGUAGUACUUCUGGUUAUUGUGUUAGCCUAUGUAAGAAUGGUCCUCUGAUUUCUUGGAAGACCAAAAAGCAGCCAACUGUAGCAUUAUCAACAUGUGAGGCUGAGUACAUGGCAUUGGCUGCCACUAUACAAGAGUGUUUGUACUUGACACAAUUGCUUGAACAUCUUGAUGAUUAUUAG